GCCCCGGGCACUGGCAAACCAUGCUAUGCCACUGCAACCAACCUAGCUUUAGGAAAUUCACACACAUUUGGGUGCAGGUCACUUUUGUGUACGUUUUUCAUGGGUGGUAAGCCUAUUCACAGAGAACCAGUCUGUCAAUGGCUACCAGUCAUGAUAGCUAUGCUCAUCCUUCAUGGUUGAAGGCAGUAUCUAAGGUCAGAGACAGAUCACUGACUUAAACGCACCUUGGAGUUUGUAGACUGAACGUUGCUGGUCUGUUUCCAGGCUCAUUCCAUUACAAAAUUAUACACAUUGGGCAGGAGUCUAAACAUCAUUCUGCGGGGGAUGAGCUAACAGCAGCAAAGAAGAUGAAAACAUUAAUUUAGAGCAAUUUGAAUUGUGCUCAGAGCCCUCCUUUAGAUGGUGUGUUAUUAUUCAAGGCUGUAUAUAUGUGUCUGUCAUUCCUAAGUCAGCAAGCAAUUUGGCUGGAACAGAUGUAACCCGCUUCUCUACAAUCACUAGGUAAGACUCUAAAUUGUUUUUCUUUCUUGCCUGCACUUUAGAGCUGGUCAAGGAUGAACAUUUACUAAAUGGCCAUGUUUUCCCUCCACUGUCAAAGGCAACGUGUCAGCUGGCACGAAUCACAAGCGGGGAAAGUGCUGUUGCACUCUGGACCUGCUUGCCAGCUUCCCACAAACAUCCAGUUGACCUCUGUGAAAACAGGAUACUGGACUGGAUGGGCUUUUGGUCUGAUCCAACAAGGCUCCGUUUAGUUAUUGCAGACCCUCCAGGGGUCCCUAUUUUACAGGGACAGUCCUGGAUUUACAGAAGCUGUCCCGGUUUCUGAUUUGUUCCCGGAAUGCCCCACUUUUCCUUAAUGGUAAAGGUAAAGGGACCCCGGACCAUUAGGUCCAGUCGUGGAUGACUGGACUCUGGGACUGGAUUCUGGGGUUGCGGCACUCAUCUUGCUUUAUUGGCCAAGGGAGCUGGCAUACAGCUUCCAGGUCAUGUGGCCAGUAUGACUAAGCCGCUUCUGGCAAACCAGAGCAGUGUACAGAAACAUCGUUUACCUUCCCGCCGGAGCGGUACCUAUUUAUCUACUUGCACUUUGACUUGCUUUCGAACUACUAGGUUGGCAGGAGCUGGGACCGAGCAAUGGGAGCUCGCCCCAUCGUGGGGAUUCAAACUGCCGACCUUCUGAUUGGCAAGCCCUAGGCUCUGUGGUUUAACCCACAGCACCACCUGCUUUUCCUUAGGACGGCUCUAUUUUCAUUGGAAUUUUCAAUGAAAUCUGGAGGGUUUGGUAGGACGUCCCAACUUCCACCAGAGAAAUGUUGGAUGGUAUGGAGUUAUGUGACCCCCCCCCCCCAAGCCAUCUGUAGGCUGCCCUGCAUAGGAAAGAUUUUUAAAUGUUUAAUUUAUAUAUAUUUAUAUUUAUUUAUUGGAAGCUGCCCAAAGUGGCUGGGGCAACCCAUUUAGAAAGGUGGUGUAUAAAUAAUAAAUAAUUGUGCAGUGGUAAACCCCAGACAGAAAUAGCAUGAAAGAGCAGAAAGGAAUAAAGAACAGCAUUGGUGAUUCAUAGCGUUUCAGCUUGGUGAACGGCUUAUAUAGCACAGAUGACUGAGAACCUGCAUAAUGUGUGAGGGCAAUUUGCCCAUUGUUUGUGUUUCAAAACAUAUGAAGAGCCUGUGGAGGCAAAGCUUAGCCAUUAUGUCCAGUAGCCACUGAUAUCCUCCUCCUCCUCCAUCAAUUUGUCUAAUUUGUCUCUUUUGAAGCCAUCCAAGUAGGAGCCAACUGUUGCCUCCUGCGGGAGCAAAUUCCAUAGUUUAACCAGUAGCAAGGUUGCAGGUCUGAUCACCGUAUGGGACAACUGCAUAGUCCUGCAUUGCAGGGGCGUUGGACUUGAUGAUCCUUGGGGUCCCUUCCAACUCUUCAGUUCUAUGAUUCUGUGGGAAUCAAAGAAGCCAUAACUGUCCCGAACCUUCCAGUGUUCAACUUCAUUGGAUGUCCCUGAAUCACAGGGAGCAGAGAGUGAGAGCCAGCAUGGUGUAGUGGUUAAGAGUGGUAGAAGGUCCCAUUCACGAGCUGUCACCCUCUGGACCUCUCAAGGAGGAGACACAUGAGAGCCAGUGUGGUGUAGUGGUUAAGAGCGGUAGUCUCGUAAUCUGGUGAACUGGGUUCGCGUCUCUGCUCCUCCACAUGCAGCUGCUGGGUGACCUUGGGCUAGCCACACUUCUUUGAAGUCUCUCAGCCCCACUUACCUCACAGAGUGUUUGUUUUGGGGGAGGAAGGGAAAGGAGAUUGUUAGCCGCUUUGAGACUCCUUUGAGUAGUGAUAAAGCAGGAUAUCAAAUCCAAACAACAACUCCAACUCCUCCUCCUCCUCCUCCUCCUCCUCCUCCUCCUCCUCCUCCUCCUCUUCUUCUUCUUCUUCUUCUUCUUCUUCUUCUUCUUCUUCUUCUUCUUCUUCUGUUCUUUAAGCAGUUCCUAAUCUCAUAUGAUCUGUAUUUCUCAGCUCCUAACUUCUUCUUCUUCUUCUUUUCUCUAUCCAUGCCAUGCAUAAUAUUACAAACUUCUAUCAUGUCACCUCUAUUGUGUUCUAAUUUUUCUUCAUCUUAAACAACCUUUCCUUUAAAAAAAAAUACUUUAAAAGAAAAACACUAUAGAAAUGAUAUAUCGGUAAUCUAAUUCCCUGCAUUUUUGUUGUGGCUGUCAUUGUAGAUCCUUCUGGUUAUUCCACCAACAUGGCUCGCUACAGACUCAGUGUCACGCAUUCCUCCCAGCUUCGCAACUCAGAUGUUAUGUUAACACCGCCAUCCAUCCAUGUGGUUGUUCCGGUAAUUCCGAAUGCUUCCAAAGAGAUAGCCACUGCUAAACAUCAACCCUGCUAUGGUUCCCUGUGUGACAUAAGUUCUUGGCCACGCAGGGCUGUUCAUUCCUCCUUACCGACUUCUGAGUCUUUUAAGGGAAGAAAAGCCACUCAUGGAAAAUCUUACACUCUUCGAAGGAAGCCACCUCUCCUCUCAUACAGGUAUAUAAGAGUCUAACUGGGCAGGAACAUCCAGUGAAAACAAUCUAUAAAGGACAAUCUUUCUAAAGUCUUAUUUCCCACUCCCCACCAGAAAUGCCAACCAUGCAUAAUUCCAAUUGAAAGUGUGCUACUUAAAAUAAUCUGGCCUGGCCUUAUACCGAGGUCCAUCAAGCUUGGUUUUGUUUACGUUUAUCACCUGUGGCUCUCCAGGGGUUUUCAGACAAGGUACAAAUCGCAGCCUUGCCUGGAGGUACCAGAGAUUGAACACGGAACCUUCUGCAAGCUACGAAGAUUUUCUACCACAUAGUCCUCACUGGGAACCACAAGGUUAGUGGGACAAGAAAAAGGAUAUCUGUACAGAGGUGUAGCCACAGAGAAACCUAUCCACCACCACCCCAUGGAUAUUCCAGACCCCUUGUUUAGAUUUUAAAGUUUCUGGGCUUUUUACACAUGUGAAGAUAUACAAUGAAGCAUGCAAGAAUGAUGGAUUGCUUCAAGUGCUCCUUUGUGUCCCUUGUGCUGAAUGUUAGAUGGGAAGGUCCUUGGGAUGGAGACCCCAC